GAGAGGGAAGGGAAGAGGGGACGAGUCUUUUCCAGAAAAGUCGGUGGCUCGGCCUGUCUGCCGGAUGAUGUACCUUUUGCUGCGGGAAAUCUGCCGUCUGGACUGGAGCGGCGCUGACGUAAUGGGGAUAAAGUUAGGCCUGAGUGUCGCAGUUGGAAUUAGAGCUGCCGGCGGGCGGGAGUAAGCGAGUGUGAGGGGAGGGAUCGGUUCCCCUGUCGCCGGGCUCAAGACUGCUUCAGGAGCCGGUGAUGACAGCGGCUAUUUUUAACCGUCAUCAUCAUCCGGCCGCCGGUAUAAAAGGGGCCGCCGCUGCGACAUGCACCUUUACAGCAGCGUGUUAACGCACUACCCCGGGGCCGCCUUCAAAGUCUCUAUCCCCGCGGCCGAGAAAGCGCCUGUCGAGAGCCCGAGUGUCGGAGUGAAGCCUGAAGAAGCCUCCGCCGCCAUGCCCGCCUUCUCGUCGUGCGAGCUCCUGCCCUCGGGCCCCACUCCCGGCCCGCUCCUCUACACCUCCACCGCCAGGAUCCCCCUGCGGCCGCUGGAGAGGAUCGUGCCCAUCCAGAUCCUGUGCGAGAGGGGGCAGGCCGAGCGCCCGCCUCCGGGACAGGUCGUCUGGCUGGAGGACGUGCUGACCGAAGGAUCCCGGAAAGUUCUGGCCAAGGCCGAGGAGCGGGUCCCGGACGGGAAAGCGGGCGAUGAGCAGGAGGGGCGGCCCGGGAGCGAACGGCAGCCAAACCCGGCCUUGCAGCCCGGCUCGGAGGGGGCCGAAUCUCCCUUCAAGCUGUCGGACGGUGAGAGCACCGAGCGGGGGCACCAGGACUGGGCCGGGCCGGGGCACCGGACCCCGGAGGUGGCGGAACACCAGAACAGCAGCGCCUGGGAGCUGGAUGGUGGCUUCAGGACCGUGGACCUGGUGGUGGAGAACAGGGCGGAUAAAAACGACAAGGUGGCACGUUACCUGGCAGAAGUGGAAAAGCAGAAUAGUUACCUGAGGGAGCGACAGAAGUACAGGUUUCACAUUAUUCCAGACGGCAACUGUUUGUACAGGGCUGUGAGUAAAGCUGUGUAUGGCGACCAGAACAUGCACAAGGACCUGAGAGAGGAAACGGUCCAUCACAUCGCAGAUCACCUGGACGAGUUUAACCCCAUCAUCGAAGGAGAUAUUGGGGAGUUUUUGAUCAACGCUGCCCAGGAUGGGGCAUGGGCUGGUUACCCAGAACUACUGACCAUGAGUCAGAUGCUGAACGUUAAUAUAUACUUGACCACAGGAGGUAGCCUGGAAAGCCCAACUGUUUCCACCAUGGUGCAUUGCCUUGGCCCAGAAGAUCAAUCAAAAUCCAGCAUAUGGCUGAGUUGGCUGAGCAAUGGACACUACGACGCUGUUUUUGAUCAAUCUUUACCCAACCCAGAAUAUGAGACCUGGUGCACACAGACACAUGUUCAGAGGAAGCGAGACGAGGAGCUAGCGAAGUCCAUGGCAGCUUCUCUUUCAAAAAUGUACAUCGAGCAAAAUGGUUGCUUUUAAGUCAUUUUUCCCACACUACGACGUGUGAUAAAAGGUUCAUGGCAGGACUUGAGAUUCCCUGAAACUGUUAUGAGCAAGACUAGCAGCGUGAAGUAGAAAAGUAAAGAUUGUUAAUAUGGUUUUUAUUUAUAUUUAUAUGCUUACACAUUCUGAUUGGGCUAAUGGCACUUUAAAAUGGAUGGUAAAAUCAACUCUAUAAAAGUAACGCCUUAAUUCAAUGUGUGAAUUCCUAGAUGUUUUACCAAAUGUUUGAGCUCAAACUAAUGAAGGUUGCGGGGCACCUGAAUUUUUAAUCUGGUUUAUUGGAGUUAAGAGACCAUAGGAUUGAAUGGGACAGCAUUGUCUCAUUAGCCUGUUUUUUUUUAUCUUAAAUUUCUGAUGUUUGGAAAACAACUGAUGUUUAGUCUCUGCUUGGAGAGAUCUUUUCUGAAGAACACUUUUUAGAAAGACUGUUUAUAUUGCAUUUUUGUGCAAUUGCUGGUUUGUUAUUGUAAUACCUCCUUCGUUACGUUCUCGUAUUUGGUAUUCUGGCGGGUGGCUGGUUGCCACCUUGAUUUUAUAGCUGGUUAGAAUAGAGAUUUCAUAUCUUUAAGGUUUAGCCACAAUUACUAAUUUUAUUACUGUCCAUUACCUGUCAUCUCACUGACGCUGACUUUUAUACGCUGUCCAAGAUGUUUGAAGUUUUAACUUCGUAAAGUGGUUUGCAGGGUCGAACUUGUAACCAGUUUGCAAUUACUGUAUUUGUAUUGAUUGUAAAGUUAUUAAUCAACAUGGAAUGAAUAAAAGUUAUGUAACAUUUCUCUUAA